ACCCUAACCCUGCCCACACGAUAUAACGUCAUUUUUGUCAUAAUAAAACUCCUGACUCUCUGGGGCUGUGACAAACUGACAAUAUAGAUAUACUGACUAAUGACCACAGACAAUAUAGAGAGACUUGCGCACUCUCCAGUUCCUCAAACUUCCGUGUUACACACCUGCGAGGGCGACCGAAAGGCAGGGCUCUGAAACUGGAUACACCUGCGCCACAGGUAUUUUACAGUACACACAUCAGCGAAACUAGCCGGGUACACGCUGUUUAUUCUGCUUUGAAUAGUCAACAUCUUAUCUCGGUACCAUGAGCGCGGAAUAUAGACUUUGCGAACUGGAAACUGUGUCCUUGCAUGUCAGUGACCUGAAAUCUGACCCUGGACUGGACGACCCUCCAAAAGAAGUUGGAAAAACUUUAUUUGAAGACGGUGGGAUGUUUUCAUACACUAAUGGCACAGUAAACAGAGAAUCGUCGACAAAACCUGUACAGACAGUGAAGAACAAUGUCAGCGAUGCAAAUUCCCUAUCGGCUUUUGGAGAACCGAAAGUGUGUUCAGAUCAUGGAUGCGAACUGAAGUUAUAUUGUAGUACAGAAGGAAAGAUGAUCUGCUCUCAGUGUGUUUCGGACGGAUUUUGCCAGGGUCACGCGGUGACAGAACUGGUUACUCGGGCAGCUGCAGUAAGGAAUCAGUUGGUGGAUGUCUGUGAGAAGAUGCAGCUUCAAGCCCUGCGUAUUGAGCGAUUUAUCGACCGUACACUUACAGCACGAGAAAAAGCUGUACAAGUAGAUGCAAAUAGCGCGAGAGAGCGCGUGCUGUCUCAGGUGAAUGCAGUGCGUGAGGCUCUUGAGGAUGAAGAGCAGCAUCUCUUGGAGGCCAUACAACGUGAGGAGGAACGCGUUGAGCAAUGUCUUCUCACUCAGAGAGCACACUGGACACAGACUCUAGAGAAACUCUCAAACACACGCACCAGUCUAGUGCAUAAACUUACACACUCCACAGAUGUCAUGCUUGUGAAUGCUAAUCAGGAAAUAUAUGACAGGGUUGAGGAUGCAGAAGGUGUCGGUGAACCCAGAGACACUGAGCAACUGAGAAUGAAUAGUGAAUGUAGCAUCAGUAAACUUUUGGUGGGCUUAUGGGCCAGUGCCAUACUGCUUGGACCAUCUGCUCCUGGUUCAACAAAGCUACAGUUUGAAAGGCGAACAGUCAGCCCACUUCUCUCCCUCUCUGACGACCAGCGCACUUUAACAUUCCUGCCCAAACGUCAGCGUCAGACACCGCCCUAUGACCCAGCACGCUUCGACAGCUGGCCCAAUGCCCUCUGCUCCCCUCCCAUGUCCUCUGGCACUUACAGCUGGGUGGUCGACGUGGGCACAAGUGCCGCUUUUAAAGUGGGUGUAUGUUGCGCUAGCAUGGAACGCAAGGGGUCCGGCAAUGAUGCCCGGCUGGGCUACAACGCGAAAUCAUGGGUGCUUUCACAUUAUGAUGGAGACCUUUCCUUCUGCCAUAAUGGAUGUAAUGUGGGUAUAUCUGUGGUUAAGAAGCUCAAGAGAGUAGGUCUGCUGCUGGACUGGCCCGGUCAGAUGCUGCUGUUCUAUGAUCCUGAAUCUAUGUCUGUGCUACAUGUAGUCAAACAUGCUUUCAGCGAGCCGCUGCUGGCCGCAUGCGCUGUAGCUGAUCAGAGUGUCUCUCUAGUCAACUUAAAAAGAGUGAAGGAAUGAACGUUUUUCUGAUACAGAAUCAUUUGAAGUGUAAUUUUUAAAUAUUGUUUUACAUAAUUUGUGCCAUUGAGGAUCAAUGAUCAUCACAUAAGAAAAGUGUGAUUCUCUCAGUAAUAUUGUUUAGUUUGAAGAAGGAAAUUUUUGGACAGACUAUGUAACAGUGACUAUUUAUAUAUAUUUUUAAGUUAUUGAACAAUAAUCCACUCUCUCUUUUAGAGCUGUAUAUAUGUUAAAUUAGUGCAAUUAUUGUUGACUUUUUGUAUUUAUUUUCCACAUCACAAAUAUCUGUGAUAGAACACAGCAUGCCUGUAUUUGAAAUUUGAAUAAUAAAAUGGUUCUGCCUACCUGAUCAUGUUUAAA